GAUGACUGAUGCUAACCAACUUCUUUUAGCGAAUUUCAAACGCUUAUGUUGAGUAUGUUCUAAUCGUUAAUAGUAGCUUAUGCGAGAUUUCUGUCACUUGCAGCUUCGACUCCGUCAUGGAAGGAAUUCCUCGAAUGAAAUUUUCGAUCGAUUCAAUUUUAGAUUUGAAUUAUGAUGAAGGUUUAAGUAGCGAAGAAGAAAAACUAGAUACACAGCAGGCUGAAAAGAUUAAAAGGCAAAGAACAACCUUUUCCACAGGUCAGCUUCAGGAUUUGGAAAGAGCAUUCAGGAAAACUCAUUACCCUGAUGUUUUCAUGAGAGAAAAACUGGCCACUCAUUUGUGUUUACCCGAAUCUCGAAUACAAGUUUGGUUUCAGAAUAGAAGAGCUAAAUGGCGUAAGAAAGAAAAGAGUUUACUUGGUGGGCAACAACUUUAUAACUCUUUAUCUAAUAAUCAAUGGACAAACCAACAGCAUAAUGGACUACAAGCAUAUCAGCAAUUAUUUAGAACUCCAUUCCUAUCUUUGCCUUCUGCCUUCUCUCCAUUAAGGGCACUCCAAAUUUUUACCCCAUUUACAAAAGAAAACUACGAAAUACCAACGAACAUAGAACUGAAGGCUCGAGAACGUGUUGAUGCACUUGCUUUAAUGCAUAUUCGAAGUUAAUUUCAGUAUGGACUUAUAAAUAAAAACCAUAUCAAAUAUACAUGAUCUGCAACCUCAUCACUUAUUAUUCUUUAUAAUUCAAAUUUUCUUCAAAAUCGUAAUCUUUUAUAAACAUGAGAGUAGUUAUUGCUUUGCAUUAUUUAUUCUUAAGACACGAGUGAUGGAUUUAUUGUCUUUGACCUGUUAUAAUUUAAUGCUUAGAUAUUCCGAAAAAAUAGCUAAAAAGUCCACUUUUCCCUUGGGCAGUUAUGUUGUUUUUCACUAAAUCGAAA